CUCCCCUCAUCUCUCUCUCUCUCUCUCUCUCUCUCUCCCUUCUGUUCAUCACCGCGUUUCUUCUCCUUAUCAGAAUUUCCAUUUCUGAUGACAGUUCUUUAUGCUAGGUAAUCUUGAUAUAAGGCAAACCCAAUUAUGUUUCGCACACACUAAAACAUCUUUCAUGUUAUUGCACACACUGGCCCUCUUUCUCUUUCCCUUUCUGCCUGCGAGUCUCCUUUUAACUCAAAGAAGGAGGAGGCACUCUUAAGAUCUUUUGAGAGACAAACCCACUAAACCAGUUUUGGCUCCACCUUUCUUCUACAAGAAAGAAAGCAAGAGGGGGAAGAAAGCUAUUAUUGUUAACAGCCUGAGAGUGUGGAGAUCAUAUUUAAGCGAGCAUGGGACGUGGGAAAAUCGAGAUCAAGCGGAUUGAGAACGCCACCAACCGGCAAGUGACGUUCUCCAAGCGGCGGGGCGGGUUGCUGAAGAAGGCGCAUGAGCUCGCCGUCCUCUGCGAUGCCCAGAUCGGACUCAUCAUCUUCUCCAGCAGUGGGAAGAUGUUCGAGUACUGCAGUCCCCACUCCAGCAUGCGCCAGAUUAUUGAUAGAUUCAAGAAAGCAUCAGGCACUCGAAUUCAGGAAUACGAUGAUAAACAGAUUACCUGACCAUUGCCAGCAGAUAUACUGUGAGAUGACAAAAAUGAAGAAUGAGAAUGACAAGCUGCAAGCAACCAUGCGACACUUAACUGGGGAGGAUCUCACCACUCUCACCAUGAACGAUUUGCAUCACCUUGAACAGCAACUUGAAGUUUCUGUAGAUCGAGUUCGCGCAAGGAAGAACCAGUUGAUCAACCAACAGCUUGACAACUUGCGUCGGAAGGAGCGCCUUUUGGAAGAACACAACAAUGAAUUAUCGAGAGCGCUAAUUGAACGCCAAGUGGCAAUGGAGCCCAAGGUGAUCGAUGCCCCAGCGCUGCUCGACCACUUUGGCACCUUCUAUCAAGAUGAGCAAUCCAGAGACCUGCUUCAGCUUUCUCCUCCUUUCUCCUACCGGCUUCAGCCCACUCAGCCCAACCUGCAGGAUCCAAACCUCCAUCACCAUGGCCUGCAGCUCUGACUGUCCUGCUGAUGAUGAAAAGACUGGAACGAUGCUGUGAACGUAUUAACUAGUGAAGAAAGAACUUUAAAGUCGGGGCAGAGAAAUGAAACCAAACAACGAAGACAUCUAUUUAGUUAUGUUUUAAUUUCUUUUUCCAUGCUAACUAGAAGAGCAGACUGUGAGCUGACUACUCUAUUUGGGUUCAUAUAUGGAUGCCAUGAACAUAUUUAUGUGACAGAAGACUAAGUGAUUAUGCCUCAAUAUUUGAUUAGUACAGUUAGC